GUGUCCAUGCAGAGCCUGUGCCUGGGUGCUGGCAUUCCCAGGAGCAAAAUCAUUGCUCAUUGAGCAAGAGCUGGAAGGGCAGAAAGAAAAGGAAAGGGCACAGGGUGACGGGGAGGAGACACCAUUCCCAACUGCACGCCCCAACUCCAGCACUUGUUCCAGUGCUCUGGAAGGAGCAGCAGAAAGGAAAGAGAGCAGAGGCUCCCAGCCAGGCUCUGCACCAGGAGCCCUCUCCAUGCUAUUUCUCCAUCUGCACACCUCCAGCAGCUCCGGCUCAUCUACAGCUCCCCAGAUGGACAAAGAUUCCCCCAAACCCUCCCCUGCUCCCUGGACAACUGCAAACCACUUAUUUCCUGGAGCUGAGCUCUCUUGACAGCCUGGGAGAAGCUCCAGGUGUUUGAUUUUCCUUUACAUUUCAAGGUUCCAUGGAAAUUGAACACACACGGAGCCCAACCCUAGCAGAGCUCCUCCAGCCCAACAAGGGUUUUCCAGCAGGAGGAGUGUGCAAGCACAGGGACGGAAGGGAGGGAGCAAAGAUUAACUACACCUGUGCUAGUGAAACACCCAGGACCUGGCGAGAGGCAGGAAAAGCCAAAAGCAGAGGAGGGAGCUCAGCCUCGUUAUGCAACCUCGUUAUUUAACGACCACAGAGACACCCUAUAGGGGCUCUUUGUUUGCAGAGGGAAAGGAGAGAAAUACCACCAAUAUCUGAGUCACAGGUUCACCAAGAGGCUCUGAAGACAUUUUCAGGUGGAAACUUUUGCAUGUUCACAUGGUAAUUUGGGAGGACUGGCUAAUCCCCUGGCUCCACCCACCACCCUGUAACACAGCUCCUGCUGCUCUUGCAUAUAUAGAUAGGUAUGGCCCUACACCCGGCUGCACACACCAGAGCCCGGGCACACAGCAAUCCUAAACUUUCUUCCUCCCUGGCUGCCCUCCACCUGCCCCCACCAUGAAGAAGGAAAUACUAACCCUGGCCUUUGCUCGAGCCGUCUUUGUGGAGUUCCUCUGCACGCUCAUCUUCGUCUUCAUCGGGCUGGGCUCGGCGCUGAAGUGGCCGUCAGCGCUGCCCAGCAUCCUGCAGAUCGCGCUGGCCUUCGGGCUGGCCAUCGGCACCUUGGUGCAGGCCUUCGGCCACAUCAGCGGCGCCCACAUCAACCCCGCCGUGACCAUCGCCUUCUUCGUAGGCAACCAGAUCUCCCUGCUCCGCACGCUGCUCUACGUUGUGGCCCAGCUGGUCGGGGCCAUCGCCGGCGCCGGGAUCCUCUACGGCGUCACCCCCGCCAACACCCGCGGCAACCUGGCCAUCAACGCACUCAACACCAACGUAACCCCAGGCCAGGCCCUGGUGGUGGAGAUCAUCCUCACCUUCCAGCUGGCCGCCUGCAUCUUCGCAUCCACGGACAACCGGCGCAGCGGCGUCGGCUCCCCCGCGCUGUCCAUCGGCCUCUCGGUCACCCUGGGCCACCUGGUGGGGAUUUACUUCACCGGCUGCUCCAUGAACCCUGCGCGCUCCUUCGGGCCCGCCGUCGUCACCAGGAGGUUCAGCCCCGCGCACUGGGUGUUCUGGGUUGGGCCCAUCCUUGGGGCUUGCUUGGCCUCCCUGCUCUACUUCUACAUCCUGGUCCCCUACUGCAUGAACAUGUCUGACAGGGUGGCCAUCAUCAAGGGCACCUACGAGUCCGAGGAGGAGUGGGAGGAGCAGCGGGAGGAGAGGAAGAAGUCCAUGGAGCUGACCCCGCCAUAAGAGCAGCUGGCAAAGCCAAGCCGAGGGAGGGGAGGAAGGCCCACCCGUGGGCUCGUGUGUGCCCCAAAGCCAGGCAACCACCACACCCAGCUGCAGCUGCUGCCUCUUCAUCCAGACCUUCCCAUCCAGGCCCCGUGGAAGGCCAGGGGCAGGGGGCUCUCUGUGUGUGUAAAGAACCCCUGCAUGAGCUCUAGAACCUCCCCAGCUUCCCCACAGCCACAAAGCCCCUCAGCCAGGCCCUGGCACCCUUGGCUCCAGCUCUGCCCUCCCGGUGCAGCUCUGCACCAUGGCAGGGCCCCACACCCCACAGUGGGCACCUGCAGGACCUCACCUGGCCCAGGUAUGGGAACACCUGGGGGGCCCCGGGGGAAGGGGAACAACUGCUUAGGGCAGGGGGGUGCAGCUACCCCCAGCCCAGGGGCUGCUCGUAGAUGCUCUUUCACCUUUCCUGGUGCUGGGAGUCCUUUUUAUUCCCAAAAGAAUGAGACUUUUUGGAUUA